AUGUCCAGGGCUCAGUUCUUGCGCGAGUACAAGCUAGUCGUCGUCGGCGGAGGAGGCGUCGGCAAGUCGGCCCUCACCAUCCAGUUCAUCCAGAGUCACUUCGUCGACGAGUACGAUCCCACCAUCGAAGACUCGUACCGCAAGCAGUGCGUCAUCGACGAGGAGGUCGCCCUGCUCGAUGUCCUCGACACCGCAGGUCAGGAGGAGUAUGGAGCCAUGCGUGAGCAGUACAUGCGCACCGGCGAGGGCUUCCUUCUCGUCUACUCCAUCACGUCGCGCAACUCGUUCGAGGAAAUCAGCAUCUUCCACCAGCAGAUUCUCCGUGUCAAGGACCAGGACUCCUUUCCCGUCAUCGUCGUUGCCAACAAGUGCGAUCUCGAGUACGAGCGCCAAGUGGGCAUGAACGAGGGCCGUGACCUUGCAAAGCACUUUGGCUGCAAGUUCAUUGAGACUUCUGCCAAACAGCGCAUUAACGUCGACGAGGCUUUCAGCAACCUCGUCCGUGAGAUCAGGAAAUACAACAAGGAGCAGCAAACCGGUCGCCCCAUGAUGUCAUCCACACCCGGAGCACCUGGUGGUUCGUUCGGUAAUGGCAACCAGGGCGGCGAGGGAGAACAUGGUGGCUGCUGCAGUGGAUGCGUUGUCGUUUGA